GGCCCAGCCGCCGAUGCGACUUGCGAAUGGCGGAUUUGUUAGUGAAUGGCUUUUGGCGGUUGGGAAUUACGGGGCCGCUGCGGCGCGCUGCCUGCCGCCUGCAGAUCGAUUGUAACGCUUGCUAAACUCCGGGCUCCGAGCCGGCUAACUUUCUUUAUAUCUACCCACCUGCAGCUGCAUGUCUUCGUCUGAGCUUUCUUGAUCCCCUUCCUUUUCCCAUCCGUCUUCGUCUGGCGCAAAAUUUUUGACGUGCAGUUCAGGGACCUGUCCCGGCGCAAAGACAAUCGGGUAGGUUGUCAAGUCAAGAUCCAGACCACUCACGAAACCGCGACAAAGGGAAGCAAACAGCGACAAACACUUUGCGCAAUUCCAGUCCGUCGCGCUUUCGCUUCGUCUCCAGUCCUCGUCGACAGCCAGAAUGGCCUCAACAACCCUCUCCCCGCUCAACGCUUUCGCCGACCGCACCACCCAUGGCCCCUCCACCGACAACGAAGGGAACCUCUCCGACCAAUCCACCGCAACCGGCAUCCCCUCUCCCUCCCGCGCCUCCUCCGAAAAGUCCUCUCCUCUCGCAGCGCAGCCCGCUGCAACCACAACGGCUGCUGCCCCCGAUGCCGAAAAGCAACAACCCACCACCGGCGGUCCUCCCCCCGGCGGCGGCUGGAACGCAGGCCCCCCACCCCCCAACGGCGGCCUAGCCGCCUGGCUGCAAGUCGCCUCCGUCUUCUUCAUCUUCUUCAACACCUGGGGCUUGCUCAACACCUUUGGCAUUUUCCAGACAUACUACGAGUCUCCGUCGUCCAUCUUCCAGCCUCCCGGGUCCGUGUCAUCAUCCAACAUCAGCUGGAUCGGCUCCAUCCAGUCUUUCAUGGUUUUGUUGGGCGGGCUGGUGUCGGGACCGUUGUAUGAUAGGGGGUAUUUGAAGCAUUUGAUCUGCGUGGGCGCGUUUGGGGUCGUGUUUGGGCAUAUGAUGCUUUCUUUGGUGAGCGAGUUUUGGCAAGCGCUGCUGGCGCAAGGGUUUGUGGUGGGAUUGGGGGCGGGCAUGAUGUUUACGCCGGGGGUGACGGUUUUGCAGAGUUAUUUUUCGACGAAGAUUGGACUUGCUACUGGUCUGGCGGCGGCGGGGAGCAGUUUUGGGGGUGUUGUGUAUCCCAUCGUCUUCUACAGGCUGAUUGAUAGGAUCGGGUACGGCUGGUCAGUGAGGGUGAUUGGGUUCAUCGCGCUCGGCACGUUGGCGGUUCCGGUGGUGUUUCUGAAGCAGAGAGUCAAGUCGGGGAGAGUCAGGGCGUUUGUGGAUGUCACUGCUUUCAGCGAUGGGCCGUACAUGUUGUUCACGUUUGGCGCCUUUGUCGGGUUCAUUGGGUUGUAUACCAUGCUGUUCUACCUGAGCUUCUUCGGGUUGGACACGGGCGCGACGGAUCCGGCCAUGGCGUUUUAUAUCGUGCCUAUAUUGAACGCUGCGAGCAUGUUUGGACGGACGCUGCCGAAUUGGUUGUCGGAUAAGGCGGGGCCGUUCAACAUUUUGAUUCCCGGAGCGUUGGUCUGUGGCGCGUUGACGCUAGCUAUGAUGGGGGUCAAGAGUCUUGGAGCUAUCAUCGUCGUCGCUAUCCUCUUUGGCUUCUUCUCCGGCGUCUUCAUCGCCCUCCCGACCGUUUGCUACAUCGUUCUCACCAAGGACAAGUCCCGCCUUGGCAGCAGAAUUGGCCUGGGUUAUGCGUUCCUCGGUCUCGCUACCCUCAUCGGGGGUCCCGGUGGCGGUGCGAUUUUACAACAGACUGGUCAUGGUGGGCAUAAUAACUGGACGGGAAUGUGGACGUUCGGCGGUGUCAUGCUUCUUGUUUCUGGCGCCCUGUUUAUGGUCUUGAGGGGUUGGAAGUUCGGAGUCAAUUUGACGACAAAGGCAUAGACGCGGAAGAUGGCAUUGCGAUAUGAAUGGUUGAGUUUGAAGACAAAGGGAGAUCAUUUGUAGACAAGUCUAGCCAAAAACUGGUGUGUAACUGGGUGUGUAUACUACUCUAGAUGUAUUAAAACCCUAGACUUCCCUCUUGAAUCUUCUCAUAUCCUUUGCG